AUGUCUUACGAUGUACUACAACGUUCAAACCCAUCGGAAUACCUUCUAGAACUCAUCGUACCGCACGUCCCCAACCCCAUCGGGGGCACCAGAAGAUUCGUCGAUAUCCUCAGUUACUGUUCUAUCACGUUGGCCGCCAUUAAACAGAUUUGUACCGCCCCCUCCACAGUGACGGCUGCGACAACUGUUAACCUGAAGAGGAACAACACCGCCGUUGCUCGUCUUCACGGAAUAACCACUCCACAGUCGUCGUCAGUUCAGGCCCCUGAGAUUGAGGAAAUCGCCACCGUCUGCGACACCGCAAUGUCACCAGUUAAUUUGUCGUCGUCAGUGACUACCUCAUCCCAGACCACCUUUAAGUCAUCAGCCGCGUCAACUCAAACUGCAAUACCCACACCAGUGCCGUCAACUAGCGCCCGGUCAACAUCACCGGAUUCGGGCCGAACGGAAAGGUGUCCUCGAAGAAGUCCGUCGUACCACCACGUCCCUGUUCGAUUGGAGGAACGCCGACGUCGCCCAUCUCCCAGUCCCUUUGGUAGUCGUCAGUCCGUGCCAAUCGACCGUUCGAACGUCAGAUGUUGCUUCUGCCAUCAGAACCACUACUCUGCAGACUGUAACGUCGUCACGGAGCUUACCGAUAGAGCAUUGAGAGAAGUCAACGAAGGACGAUGUCUUAAUUGCCUCUACCUCCAUGCCCCAGUCUACUGUCGCCGCGACGCCAAAUCCCGAUUCUGUGGUGAGAAGAACCAUCACCCCGUAGUCUGCCCUAGAAACCUCUAUCUGAUGAGAGGCCUUGACAUGGACUACGAUGCCUUCUUCAAGAACAUCCCGUCGUCAUCAGUACCGGUCGUCAUCAGUCCGUUGUCUUCAGUAUCCUGCCGUCAGCCGUCAGCAUAUCGCCGUCAGCACAAUAACAUCAAUUCCUUGCCGUCAUCAGUUUAUCGCCGUCAGUAUCAGCCAUCAAUUCGCCGUCAUCAGUACUAUGCCGAAGAAACUGACCUCCCUGCCGAAUUGGCUAAGCGAGGAUCGCAAUCUCUCCAUCACACUUGUACCGACCCUUGGUGCGGAGGACCCCUAGUAGGAAAUUUCCUUCGAAUCGUUUAUCCGCUAAAGUCAACAUCAGUCGCCAACACCAAUCGUCAGUCAAUCUACGAUCGUGCAGCAGCAGUCAACGCCGUUAUCCUCCGCAGUGUCCAAUUCCAUCCGGCACCACCGCAGUUGAUGGAGUCAGUUGUGAUCAAUGUGAACAUGUUUUUAUAG